CCCAAAUAAGCAGGAAUGGGCAGUGGCCACUCAUAGUGUCUCUGCACACCUUUCCCACUUGCUAAUUAAGGCCCUGUCUCACAGUGAAAGAUUUUUCUGCCUUCUGUCUCUGGAAAGGACUGCCUGCAAGACAGAGAACUAUGAAGCUCUUUGGAACAGCCUUCUUCUCCCUGGCUUUGUUCACUCUCUGCCACGAUGGUUCUGCAUCAUCUCUGGCUGCAGCCACUGUUUCCAGUAGCACAGUCAAUCCCUCUUCAGUGACCCCCGCAAACUCUGCUGUGAGUCAUUCUAAAGGAACGAUUCCUGCACAUAGAACGAGUUCAGUCAGCUCAAAAGCCACAGCCAGGACGUCUGCUGGAGAUGCAAAAGGAACUCCUAGCCCAGCUAACAGCGCAAAUUCAACACUCCCAUCAACACAGGGCACACCCACUUCACUGACAGCCAACGGCACCAUUGGCCGUAAUGGAACAGAAUCUACUCCUAAACCAGUUUCUAAAGGCAGUUUAGCAGUCCACCCAACAAAUUCCCAGUCUGAAUUAACACCAACCUACAUAUCCAUUAGUACCUCAAAAGCCAGCACAGCUCUUCAGAACAAUGGCAGCAAGAAUGAAGUCCAGUCCAACACACAAGAAACACCGCAAGGCACACAAAACAUUGCAGAUGGGGCUCAAAAUGCCACUGAACAGAAGGUGCAAGAUUCUAGCUCCAGUUUUGUUUUGCCACUUGUUAUCGCCUUGACAGGGAUGACCCUCUGCAUAUUCCCAAGCGUGGUUGUGUACAAAAUGUGCCGGAAGACAACUCCAGAGCGGCAAGAGAAUGGAACAGAACAAGCUCCAUCGGAUAAAGAGAACGUGAAACUUAUUUCUGUGAAGACAACUUCUCCAGAGACUGGCAUGUCCAGUUUCUUGGCCCUUACCUCAUAUGACUUGCCUUUAGACAUUUCACUCCCUUUGGAACCCUCCAAACCAAUGGGAGCACACCUUUCAGGGGAAGAAUAAAACUCGACAUGAUGAUUCCUCUUUGCGCCUGGGCAACAAAUGUGUGUAAAGAAGCCCUUCGUCAUGAUUUUAUGCUGGAACCACUCACCAAAGGCAACUUUUCCACCAGAGCAAUGUUGAUCCUACACAUUUGCUACAGGAGAUGUGCACAUCUGUCAUGUUUGCCUCUCUCUUUUUCUGUAUCUGCCUGCUGUUUUCCGCUGGGAAGCCUCUUGUAUUUUUUUCUCAGUAGCCAUGUAAUUGAUGUAUAGUACAUAUUUAUUUUUUUCCACCUGUGUAAAAGCCAUAAAAUGUUCACAUCUCACAAAACUGAUGUAAAAAAGGAAGCAUUUGAUGGAGGAUGAUUUUGUAUAUUAAAAAUAUGUCUCUCUGCAAAGGAAGGAAAA